GGCGGCGCGGCGGCGCUGAGCGGCUCCGCCAUGGCUGAGCUGGCGGCGGCAGCGGAGGGGCCGCCGCGGGGCCGCACGCCCAGCCCGGGCCCCGGGGGAGCGCCGGGGCCGCCCAGUCCCCGAGCGGCCGGAGCGGCGGCAGGCUCCGGAGCGGCGCUGUCCCCGCCCGGCGCGUCCCGGCCGCCUGCCGCCGCCGCCGCCUCCAAGUGGGUCCGGCUGAACGUGGGCGGCACGUACUUCGUGAGCACCCGGCAGACGCUGUGCCGAGAGCCCAAGUCCUUCCUGUGCCGCCUCUGCUGCCAGGACGGGCCCGAGCUCGGCUCCGACAAGGACGAGACAGGGGCGUAUCUCAUCGAUAGAGACCCCACCUAUUUUGGUCCAAUACUGAACUACCUCCGACACGGGAAGCUCAUCAUAAACAAGGAGCUUGCAGAGGAAGGGGUACUGGAAGAAGCCGAGUUUUACAACAUUGCAUCUCUCGUGCGGCUGGUCAAGGAGCGGAUACGGGACAACGAGAACAGAACAUCUCAAGGACCUGUGAAGCAUGUGUACAGAGUCCUGCAGUGCCAAGAGGAGGAGCUCACACAGAUGGUGUCCACUAUGUCCGAUGGGUGGAAGUUCGAGCAGCUCAUCAGCAUUGGAUCUUCCUAUAACUACGGAAAUGAAGACCAGGCAGAAUUCCUCUGCGUUGUGUCCAGGGAGCUCAACAAUUCUACCAAUGGCAUUGUCAAGGAGCCGAGCGAGAAGGCAAAGAUUCUUCAGGAGCGAGGAUCCCGGAUGUAAUUCCAGUGUCCACUCCGUUAACACUCCCAGAUGUCAAAGGGCAGCCCAGCUGGGCAGAGCGCCUCUCCGCAGUGCAACCUUGCCCUUGUACAGUAACCAAGCUAAUGCAAAGCAAAGCCGAGCCUGUCCUGCCAAUGGUGAAUAAUUCUGGUCAUAACCAAAGGCUUCCCUCUUACCCUGGAAACCUAGGAAGGAAGAGACUUUUCCAGUGGGAUGGUCCUUUCCACAAGUAUUUGGUUUCUUUUCUUGGCCAGCGCUGUAUUGAGUUUCUCCACCAGCAGCUGGGCCGCAUUCCCAGUCGGAGCCUUUGUGAAGGUUGCUCAGGUCCACAGGCCCUUGGGAUCAGUCCCACCUUCCACUGGCUGGUGCAGGUGGGAGGAUCUGUAUGAGCUGUGCCAUUCCUUGCACCCAGGGCUGCCACCAGGAAAGCGCAGGGACCUUGCAGUGCUCCCCCUCCUGAUCAGCCACAUCCUCCCCAAAUCAGAACAGGGCUUUGAAAGGAGGAACAAAACAACCACUCGUAAAAAGAAACCCACACAGACUUCUUCAUUCUUGCUUUGUAUUUGUUCCUUGUUCAAUUCCUAAGAGCUAAGUUUAGAUACUAAGGGGAGGGGAGUUGUGUGUACACCUUACGUGGGUCUCGCUGUUAACACUAUUGCAUACGGGCCCCUGGUGUUUCCCAAAGCCCAUCACUUCGCAUGCAUAAACAGAGACCUGUGUUCACCCAGAGUAGUGAUAGAGUGAUAGUUGUCCUUCACGCUUCUCUACUGAAGAGGAGCACCAACAUCUUCCCCUCCAGCACCCUGCCAUGGCCAUAUCUUAGCCUGGUGUAAAGUCACAAGGUUAGGGACUUGUUGCUGCCAAGGUCAGCUUUGCCUUGUUUGUCUCCAGCAGCGUGGGCUCUCUGUCUCCUUCCUUCUCCCCGAGAGAGGGCUUCAGGCAGAAACUCUUUUGUACUGUAGCAAGCAGGUAGGUUUGUUUUAACCCCCGAGAUCCUUUGCGGAGGAGAUCCCUUACUUACACGCAGUGAUUUACCUGCAGCCCCCUCAUGUCCCCACCUUUAGGAGAUCACCCCAAAUUAUAGAGGGGCAGCAGAGCUGGGGGGGAGUUGGUGAAAAGUUGCCAAACUGUUGUAAUGUUUCUUGUCCAAAGUGAUGUGUCAACUUCUGUGACUUUUCUUUCCUUAUUUUGUUCUGAAUGCCUUGGAUGGAUGUGCAAAAUGUUCGUUUGUGCCUCUCUUGGAUUCUGAUCUUAGCCAAACUGCAGUCACUGGUUCCCCUCUGUUAACCUGUGCCAUCCCUAACCAAGGGCAUGUCCCUCCUAGUCUGGUAAAUGGAAUUACUUAGCAAUUUGCUGCAUGUUUUUCCCCCCUUCAUCCUGGCUUUGUUCUCUGCAGCCCAAGGGUCCAGGCACUUGGGUCUCUCUGAGUCAAGUCCCAAACUGACAUUAAAGCGCAAAGCUUCAGAGAUGCUGGAAUUCACAGAUGUGGAUAAGCUCAGAGCAUUUGGUUCUCAAUUAGGUAUCAGAAGAUUCCUCACCUGGACUGAGGAGUUGGGCUCCUUUCUGGAGGACUUCAGCUACCUGUGGUCUUCUUAAAGCUUUGAGAUAGAAUUAGGCAGGUUUCCCAUCUUAUCACUUGUUGCUGGCAGGGCCUUGCAGCAGCGUUACCGACACCAAGUGACACCACUGCACUCUGCCUCUUCCCAGUGCUUCUGUAUGCACUCUUGCCUAUCCCCUCCCAUCCUGCUUUGCCAAUGUACCUCCUCCAGUGGAGGCUUUGCCUCAUUCUCAGAAAGGUUGAUUAUCUGUGCUAGUUUAAUCCUGGUAACAGCAGACUGUGCCAAAUGUCUUUGAAUGCACCUUGUGUCAGUUACAGGCUGGUGAAGCGCAGCUGGCUUGCCAUCACACUGAAGAACCCAGCUCCUCUUCUGCUCUCCAUCUUCCCCGUUUUUAAUGUGGUGAGAUGGUACUGGUGUGAUUAGACCGUACACCUUGGCUGGGCCUAAAUAACACUGUGAUGUGUGUAGAGAUCUCUCCUCUGUCGGUAUCUUGUAGCCUUUGCUCAUUGUCCGUCUGUGCUCACAGCUAAGAGGUCAAGCAGCACAUGUAAGCAAGUUAGCAGCCUAAAAAAGCCCUUGAACACUCUCAUCUGUCUUCUUUCCCUUCAUUUGAGGAGGGAGUUUCUGGGAACUGGUCAGGAAAUCCCAAACUAAAGGCAACAGGAACUGGUUGAGCUGCUUUUGUCACAUCAGUGCCGCUUGAGCACCUUGCUGUUCAAGCAAUGGAGCUCAAAGCAGAGGGAGGCUUUCUGUCCUGUACAGCUCAAGCAGACAGCAAUGACACAUCCUUGUUUGUAUCACCAGAAAUGCCAUCCUUGGGGAAGCCCACCAGAGGAUUGCCUGAUACAGGAGUGAUGCCCUCACUCCCUGUUCUGAGCCACAGAGAGCCUAAAAGUUCCAUGGCCAGCUAACAGAGGAGCUCCUUAACUCACGUGCACAAGAAAGGCUUUCAAAGUUGCAUCUUCCUUUUCCCUUCCAUGCUGCUUUCUGCAGUGAGGAUGUGCCAGGGGAUUGAAGACUCUGGGUUCCAUUGCAGGGUCUUUAAACUCAACAAACCAAGUUGAUGGUAGGAGACCAAAUGGUACUGGACACUGGAGUUCUUGGGUGAUAUUUAGGACCAGGUACGAAUUCCAUCCAGAGCAGGUACAUUCCCAGGAGGAUUUCUCCUUUCCUGACUGUGCUUGGUCACCUUUACCCUGAGACCAAGGCUGGUCUCUGCAUUAUGCACCAGUUGCAUCCCUUCUGUGCUCAAGACAGGGCUUUUCCUUCCAUUGCCUAUCACUCAGUCACAACUAUAUCGAAACUAGCACCGAAUCAGGAUGAAAUCUGUCCCGUUCAUUCCAAAACAGGUAGUGUGUUGUGGCAAGUAGGGUAGGUGAGCAGGGGUAGAUCUGUUGGAUAUCUCAGAGCGCUUGUGCCUCUUGGGAAGGUUCACAUUCGAGUAUGAAUCCUGGCAACGGCGACUUCGACACUUUGGGUUUUAAACACAUUCCCAGUGGCCUAAAAUUGUCCCAUUAUGGCAAGACUGGAAAGAACCUCUCCAAGUGUCUUUGUCUCUGCACAUUUUUAAACACAAAGAGGUUUUACUCAGGGGUGACUGAGUGGGCUGAGGCAGAGGGGGCCUGGGGGGGGCUGUGGGGCACUGGGCCAUGGGCUCCUCACCUUUACCUGCGAACCCGGAGGUUUUGUACAGUUUGUGUCAGUGCCCUUUGCUACCGGUUCUCUUUGGUUAUUAAAUGUGUUUGAAUAACAGGCGAGAUGCUGCGAGUGAUUGAGCGAGUUCUUGGGCUGCCAAUAAAGAGUCUGAAAUGGGUUUGAA